UAUUGAUUUCCUCUUCCGGUAUUUCUAGUGUCGUAAGAGUCCAACCUAUUUCUGCUAAACACUCUAGCUUCUAAACAAAAGUAUAUGUAGUCGAAAUGUUAUAGAUCUAGAUCAAGGUCAUUGUUUGGCCCAGAUUCAAAAAAUGAGUAGGACAAUAGAUAUACUAAACUGACCUAUAGAUCUAGAUCUUUCUACUUUCAACUUUGUGAAGUGACAUAGCAAUAUGUCCAAUAUGUCAACAUAGACUGAAAGAGGAUGAUAGAGUCAAUUUAGUCUAGAAAUUCUAGUAUUUAGGUCCAUAACAGAAAGGUUUAGUCAAUUUAAUUGCUAUUCUAAAAUGUAUACGCUGUAAAUGUUUGAUGACUGUGGAUUAAGAAUUCGUAGUAAAGAUGCACAUUAGUUUAAAACUAGACUAGGUAACUGUAAGUAGACUUUUUAUUCUGCAUGAGAAGGUUUGUUUGAAAUAGAAAAAUGUCUAAAUUACCUGCGUGGACAGAGUCUACUGAGAAAAUGUCAACAGAACUAGACAACAUUUUUAAUUCCGGAGAUGAAGAGCUCUCUCCAGUUCCGAAACCAAAGUUAGUGUACUCGACCAUCAACAGAACAAACAGCCAGUUAAGGCUACUAGCUGAAAGCUUCAUAUUGCCUGGCCGUGAUUCCGCUGUUGAUCAAAUUAUGGUUGUGCUUCCGAAGUCAGAAGAAAAUAUUUCGGACUCUUGCCAAAUAGAAAGAGAGGUGUGGGGCUCUGGGUUAGAGUAUCUCUUGUCUUGUAUUGGAUUUGCUGUAGGACUAGGAAAUAUUUGGAGGUUUCCAUAUCUCUGUUAUAAGAGUGGAGGCGGAGCAUUUUUGAUUCCUUACUUUGCAUUCCUGGUUCUGUGUGGUUUUCCUUUAUUUUAUAUGGAGACAGCGUACGGGCAAUUUGCCAGCCUAAGUCCCAUUUCUGUGUGGAGAUUGAGUCCCCUUUUCAAAGGUAUUGGAUACGGCAUGGUGAUUAUCUGUACCAUAGUUUGUAUCUACUACAAUAUUAUUAUUUCCUGGACCUUCUACUAUAUCUACAUGAGUAUGAAUGCUACCCUGCCUUGGACAACAUGUGAGAACCACUGGAACACCUACAAGUGUGUGUCUAGCAUACAGGAAAAGUUCAAGAGUCUUAAUCAAAAUCAAACAAAUACAUCCCAGUUUCAAACAGCCAGCUUGGAAUUCUGGGAGCGAAAUGUUCUGCGUCAAUCGAAUGGCAUUGAGUCACUUGGGGAGAUUCGCUGGCCCUUGUUUUGGUGUCUGUUACUUGCUUGGUUCCUUGUGUUCUUAUGUCUGAGCAAAGGAGUCAAAUCCUCGGGAAAGGUUGUCUACUUCACAUCCUUGUUUCCUUACAUCGUAUUGACAGUUCUACUGGUCAGAGGCGUCACUUUGCCCGGGGCAAUGAUUGGAAUCCGUUUUUAUGUUAUUCCGGACUGGUCAAAGCUUCUAGACCUCAAAGUUUGGGGUGACGCUGCUGUGCAGAUCUUUUACUCUGUUGGAAUGGCCUGGGGAUCUCUGAUCACUAUGGCAAGCUAUAACAACUUUAAGCACAAUGUUUUUAGAGAUGCUAUGAUAGUGCCGAUUGUGAAUUGUGGUACGAGCGUCUUUGCUGGCUUCGUGAUCUUCUCGGUCCUGGGCUACAUGGCUCACGCCACUGACACCGCUAUCAAUCAAGUGGUUGACCAAGGUCCAGGGCUAAUCUUUGUUGUCUACCCUGAAGCUAUCAGCAAACUGCCUGUACCACAGCUGUGGUCUGUCAUGUUCUUUCUUAUGAUCUUCACCGUUGGUAUCGACAGCCAGUUUGGAAUGUUUGAGACGUUGACCAGCGCUCUUGUUGACGAAUAUCCACGACUCCUGCGCAGGAGAAAAACUCUUGUGACUGGAACGUUGUGUUUAGUGGAGUUUUUUCUGGGUAUUCCCAUGAUUUGUCAGGGUGGCAUCUACAUACUUCAAAUCAUUGACUGGUACAGUGCCUCGUUCUCUCUUAUGCUACUCUCGUUUAUGGAAUGUAUUGUCAUCUCCUGGAUCUAUGGUAUCAACAGGUUUCUUAAAGAUAUUGAACUGAUGCUGGGCAAGAAACCUUUUAUUUACUGGAAGAUUAUGUGGAAAUUUAUUACUCCAACUAUCAUUUUAUUUACUUGGGGAUUCAGUGUAAGUAAUAUCGGCACAGUCACACUUGGUCAGUAUAGGUACCCAACCUGGGCCAUCCUAACAGGCUGGAUGUGUGGGGUGUGUUCCCUCAUACCUGUCCCACUUACAGCAAUCAUAGCCGUGAGCAGAGACAAAUCUGGGACUUUUGUUCAGAGGGUCCGUAGACUUGCCCAGCCAGCACCGAACUGGGGCCCUUCACAAGCAGCUGACAAAGAACGCUAUUACAACUCUAUGGACGAUGCAGAAUUCGAACGUUACGAAGCAGCACUGUUAAAUGUCGAUCUAAAAAGCUACGCAAAGAUGAAAAAAAUGAGUUCUUUCAGUGAUUCUCCAAGUUCCCCCAAAAAAGCUAGACCACUGUCACCAACGAACUCUAUAACACUAUAUAGCAAUAUAAUCAACUCUGUCUGAAAUACAAGACAAAGUCGGAGAAUGUACAUUGACAGUAAAAUUGAAACUAAAAUUGAAUGUUAAUAAUAAACUAUGAAAUGAGGACAACAA